GUUUGUGAUUGUGGAGCGCAGACGUUUGGAUGCGCGCGAGCUGGACAGAUCGCCGAAACUCCGCGAAUAAACCGCAUAGUAAUGAGUGUCAAAACUCGCUUUCUGGAGACAUUGAUCCUUCUUGUGUUAUGAGUCUACAAGAGAUUUAAGCGUCUUAACUUGUGGAUAAAAAACCGCACGGCUGAUUCGUCUUACGUAUUUGUGCAGGUUUCAUUCCAAAAGGCCAGACACAGAUCGACAAUGCGGCUCCUACUUUCCUUGUCUCAUCUCAUUUUGUUUCAACUGCUGUGCUGUUCUCUGAGCAGCGGAUGUCCUCAGAAUUGCAUGUGUAACCCCGAUGGCUCCAAUUUCUGCAUCAACCGUAAAUUAGACAACAUUCCUCAAGGUCUCCCCUCCAACACCAUAAACCUCUACCUGUUUCAAAACAACAUCAACACCUUGCAACAGCAGGGUUUUGUACAGCUUGGGGAGCUACGAUUGCUGGACCUGAGUCAGAACGUCCUCAGUGAAAUCCCUGAAAGGGUCUUCAGUUCAUUGUCCUCCUUACACAACCUUGAUCUGUCUUCAAACCGCAUCACCCAUAUUAACAAAGACAGUUUUACUGGGUUGGUUAACCUGGAAAGGCUGUAUCUCUACAACAACAUCAUUCAGAGUAUUCACCCAGCUGCUUUUGAAGGACUGGAGAAUCUACUGGAGCUAAAGCUUCAGGGGAAUCAGAUCAGUGUGUUGCCAGCUCUAGCACUGCCCAAACUGCUGCUCUUGGAUCUAAGUCAUAACACUAUCCCACCACCUGGACCUGAUGAUCUACAAACACCACACCUUGAGUCCCUUAAAAUAGCUGGACUGCGUCUGAGCAGUCUGGAUGAGGGACUGUUAAAAAGCCUGGCGAACUUGCAUGUUCUGGAUGUUUCUCAGAACCAGCUUGUGGGGAUACAAUCUACUCUCAAGGCAAUGACAGGCCUACAACGCCUUAAUUUGGCUGGAAACCCUUUGGGCUCCCUUAGCAAAGAAGACUUUGAAAAUUUGAGUAAUCUGGUAGAACUUGACUUGAGCAACCUUAAUUUGCAAGGGUUCCCUGAAGGCUUCUUUACCAUUUUCCCUAAACUUGAGACACUCACUGUGGCUGAAAACCCCUUUAACUGCAUCUGUCCACUGGCCUUGUUCCCAGCAUGGGUGUUGGAUUCAAAAGUUCAGUUGUUGAGGAUGGAGGAGACUCGUUGCCACUUUCCUCUGAUCAAUUCAGGAAAAGUUUUAGCAAAGUUGGAGCACAAGGAUUUUGGCUGCCCAACGACGACUAUUGAAUUAACAAGUGCAAGGACUAGGACCACCAAUAAGCCAUCAAACCCCACCACACCGUCAAGUACAACGCAUGCCAUUCCCCCUCCACCACAAAGUGAGGUGCACUCCGCAGAACUAGACAGUCACCCUCCUUUCCAGACCACUCCCUUGCCCAUCAACUUUAUAGAGGAACCUGAUGAAGAAGUGCUAAUGUGCCCUCCCAACAUCUGUUUAAAUGGUGGAACAUGCAUGUUUGACUCAAAUGGGGAAAUGAUUUGCCUGUGUCUACCUCACAUGUCAGGACCCUACUGCGAGAGUCAAAACGAGGCUCGGCCUCCCCCAGCUUCCCCAAGAAUUUCCAUUGAGACAGUUGCUACAGUCCAGCCCAAAACAAUCAGCUCCCAUCAUGUAACCAGCACUUCCAUUACAUUAGACCUUCACCGCUACAUAGAGUCCCGGCCACACAUCCGUGGAAUUCGCCUGACUUAUAAGAACUUGUCCGGCCCUGACCGCAGGCCUAUGCAGCUAAAUGUGCCCGCAUUCUACCAAGAGUACACGCUACGAGGGCUUCAACCUAACAGCACCUAUUCCGUAUGUGCUAGCCCACUGGGGGAACCUACCCAUGCUUCCAUUGCUGCCUGCAUGGAGACUCACACAGGAGGAAGCCGAACAUACCAUGAGCCCAGCGUUGACAAGACCGAACCAUCAUCCCCCCUCAUACCCAUCAUGGUAGCUGUGGCUGUGGUGAUGGUUGCAGCAGUUGUAGCCACCGUGUUGAUCAUCCACUGCCGGAAGAAGUCCAAGGCUGCAGUAGAUCUGCAUUUACAUGAAACAUCCCCUCUUGAGUUGGAAGGAGUAAAGGCAAGUCUAGAGAAUGGGGUCACACAUACAAAGCAACCCGAUAUCACCAAUUGCCCACACUUAGUCCUUAACGGUUUGGAUUAUGAAGCACCAUUAAUACAAGGACAAUGUCCAUCUAAUAACAAUGUAGGGGGCAUGAAACCUGCAUACAUGUAAAAGCCAUAAUGUGCUAUUCAUACCUCCAGUCCAUAAUAGAGCGCAGUACUGUGCUCCAUGACUCCUGCAGGCGGGUGCGAUGCAGACACUAAGUAGACCCUGAUGGGUUGGUGAACAUUUGAAUGCAUCCCAGCCAAAUGCAUUUUCGUACUGACUUUCAGUAUUUAAACUAGGUGCAUUUCUGUCAUUUUCUUCCAUAAAAGUGCCUUAAAUAUUAGAUCUAAAUGAGAAUUUCUCUCAAAUGAAAGAAAUGUCCCUGGGAUACAAAACAAGUCGCUUUAGAGGUAGCUCCUUAACUGGCUAGCUGGACCUAAUGGAUACGAGUCAAGAUUUCUUGCCUGGACGCCUGGACUUCUUAGUCCAGAAAAUAUUGCACUGAUCAAAAACACUGGGACUGUGCCUAAGAGGUGCUUGUUAGCCUAACCUCUUGGAAGAUGCUACAAAGUGGUUUCGAGCAGCAUCAAAGCAUCCCUCUUUUCCUUUUACCCCAUCCGUCCUGCACAUGAGAUUACUUGCUGUGAAAAACCCAUAAUGAAGUGACACUUUUCUUACUUUUAGUUUGUACAGUUUAUGUUAAAUCUGAUGUUUCAUUCAUGUCUGUUUUUGUAUUUUUUAAAUGCCUUUUCCUUUCUGUUUAUGUCUGUUGAGACCAAGGUUCAAAAUGUACACUUACCAAGAGUCAAAUUGGCGUUUAGGAGCAAAUAAAAUGGACUUCCAUUACUCAGUUCAACAAGAGAUGGAGAUUGGCUCAUCUCAUAUCAUACUUUAAGAAAAUUAUUAAAAAAAUCACAUUCCUGUGAGGACAGAAAUAUAUAUAUAUAUAUAUAGGAGGCAAAAUAUUUUAGUACUAGGUACUAGUAAGUAAGAAAUGUUUAUAGCAGGUACAUUCCCUAACCAUUACCAAAUGUUAAUUUUGGAUCCUGCAAAAGCCUAAAUGCCUUUUCUUUCUUUCUCCUGACCUUAAAAAUAAACUGACUAUACAUGUGCUAAGUCUGCAUGUCGCUGUCCAGCGAACGUCUGGCAAUGAAACACUUUGCGAGACUAUAAACACCCACAGUCAUUUUGACCUCAAACAAAUUCCACACACACACACACACUAACAAACAGGCAAGUACUAUAUAUGGAGAUGGAUAACAAACACUUUCAACAAAGCUGUUUUUUGACGUGCCAACUUUCUAAAAAUGUCCCGUAGCCAUGAUAUAAACGAGAGAGAAUCUAGGGAGCAAGGCAUCAAAGCCAGGUUUUGUUGUUGUAUGUGUUGCCAAACUGAGCCCAGUUUAUGCCACAACCAAGCCAGAUGGCUCUGAUCACUGCAGAAACAUACAAAAGUGCUGUGGUGGUGCCAUGGUAUCAAAUGGUAAUACCGUGGUACUUUGAUAUAUGAUUACUUUGUUCAUAUACAUACAGUGUAUCUUAAAAUAUUCCAGGUUUCAAAAUAGGAUUACCAUGGUAUUUUUGUGUCCAAUUAAAAACUGAGAAGUGUAAUUAUACUGUGCCCCUCAAAUGUUCAGUUUAAAGAGACAAAUCCUUAAAUUAUGAUAAAAGAAAGAACCAUGGUACACUGUCAGAACAAAUGGUCAAAAAUUGUACAUUCAUGUACAAAUUUUUAUAUAUGAAGAGUUUGGUUACAAAACUCGGUAAACGGCAUUUAAAAAAAAUCAGUAUUGUAUCAGGUCAGUAUUAAAAAGUAAAUUCUUAAUUUUAUGCAAAAUUCAAUAUCCGCCGUGUUAUUUCAUCAUCUUUUCUCUCUUUUUUCCCAAAACGCGAUAAACGCCAGUCCUCCUUCUCUGCAGAAUGCAAUAAAUCCGCUCAACCAAUCACAGCGCACCAUUCCAUGCAUUGUAAACAACAAUGGCAGCGCUUUGAAUACACACGGAAUCCUAGUUUUCCUCAUCUACUUUAUACUUCAUGAUUAACAAACAAACAAAAACAAAAUAAUACUUUUGAUGGCAUUGAUAAACCUGUGGUGGUUUUCUGUGACGGGAAAGAAACGUAAGCCAUCAAAAUCAAAUCAUUUACGCGAGAGGCACUUGGGCGAAGGAAAAAAGGCCGGCUGUUGCUUGUUCUCCCGACAGCAUCAAGCUUCUGUCAUGCUAACACAUUGACCAAAGGGGAUCUUAUGAAAAACUUUCCAAUAUUUAACGCGAAGUCAACGAAAAUCGAGCGCAACCAAAACAUUUUACAUCUGAUCGCUGUCAAAAAGGUUUAGUGACGACAUCCCAAGGAUGACCGCAGCAAUGACAGUGUUCUUAAUUUGACACUAGUCAACUAAAUGAAUAUGACAUGGCAAAGAUUAAUGCAAAUUUAUAUAUUGAUUCAAUAGAUUUAUAGCAUUUUAUAAAAAAAAUGGAUUUAUUGCAGUUUAUUAUCAGUUUUUAUAAGAAGUCAAAUUAUGGAUUUGAAUUUUUUAUGUUUUUAUAACCUAAAGAUGCUAUGUGAAAGUUUGAAAAUAGUGAUUUUCAUCUUGUCACUUUCUUGGUAUAGAAAACACGUUUUUACCGAAAUUAGUCAAAAUACAUUUAUAGCGUUUUGGAACCAAACUCUUCAUAUUUAAUACCAAUAUGUACUUUUGGGGUACUAUUAUGUACUAUUUAGGUACAAAGGUGUACUUUUGGAAAAGGGUACUGCUCCAGUUACAGCUAGUGACCAUUUUGUCUGACAGUGUAUGUUUAUUUUUAUAAAAGGAGAUUGAUUUCAGUGACUUGUGAAAGAUUGAAUGUUUUAUUGUGGAAUUGCAUGGUUAUGUGCAUUAUUUACUAGUUGUGUAAGGAAUGGAGCCAAUACUCAGAUCGACAUUUUCCCCAAUGGCAACAAUCUUGUUUUUAAUAUUUAUGACAGUAUGAAGUAUGUGCACUGAAGACGCCAGCGCUUAGCACAUCCAAACAUUCAAACUGGAAAGAGAAGCAAAUUUACACAGCAUGACGGGCUUCAGAUAUUUGAAACAUUUUCAAACCUCUUUCAAGUUCCAUGCUUACUUUGGGAUGAUUGUUGUUUUUGUCUUUUAUUGUGCACAAAGCCAAGUUUUGUAUUUUUUAUUUUUGGAUGUAAAAAUGUGUAUUCUUUUUUGACAUCUGUUGAAAAAAUAAAACAGGAAAAAUCA